GCGGAUUUCUACGACUCCGUCGUGUUCUCCCUGUUGCUGGAGUACCUGCCGUGUCCGGAGCAGAGAUACGCGUGCUGCGGAAACGCGUACGACGUGUUGAAAAGCGGCGGCAUCCUGAUCGUCGCGAGCCCGGACUCGAAGCACGUUGGCGCGAACGCGAAACUGAUGAGGUCCUGGAGGUACGCGCUGAGCCGUAUGGGAUUCAUGAGGAUCAAGUACGAGAAACUGCGCCAUAUUCACUGCCUGGUGUUCAGGAAGUGCGUGCGCAAGGACGUAGCGAUAAGGUGGUCCGAGCUGCAACGCUUUUCCGAGGCCGACAGGAGAUACGCGUGCGAGACGAAGAUUUUUAUCCCGCAGGACUUUCAGGCUACCCGUUCUAAGGAGGAGCGAGAAAAGUUGGAGUACGAGGAAACUGAUUUAGCGAGCGCUUUCUCCGAAUUGCCGUUCGAUAAUGAAACGUCAACGUGACGAUUCUGUUUUUAUUCUGACGUU